AUGAUAACCAGGCGCCAAAAACAAAUUAUUAACAAUCAUUGGAAAGAAAUUUAUCCUUCAGCUACGUCAAACUCGAUUAAAUGGGAUUAUUAUUGUGAGGCACCUUAUAUAAAAAAUGGUCGUAGUGAUAGCGAAAUAAAGAAAACUGAUAUACCUGCUGUUGAAGAGAAAAGGGUUUAUUCAUCAAGAAUUUUAGAAGAGCUUGAUGAGAACUUUUCUAGGCUAGUAAAUGGCUUUGCUGCGCUAUCAGACUAUUACGAUUGGGCGAGCUCGAAGUUCUACUUACAUAAGCUGGAACUGCCCGUAUUACUUGUAAACUCUUCUGAUGAUCCACUGAUUCCAUCGGAACUGUUUGGGCCGGCCAUUUCGUUAUCAUCGACUAAAGAUAAAGCUCUGUUUGUUGUAACUCAAAACGGUGGGCAUCUUGGUUUUUUUGAAGGCGGUGUCGUCAUUCCAGAAACAGUGACAUGGAUUGACCGAGUUAUUGUUGAGUAUAUCAAGUCAAUUAUCUUUGUAUCAUCGGAAGGAUUGUACUAA